CCGAAGAAAUUAAAAUUAACUAACCGCCACGAGAGGAAGGGAAGUGAAAAAAGCUCUGAAAAGAAAAUUCUCCCUUCAUCUAUCAAAAUUUUAAUUUUGUGAAAUACCCAAUGUAAUAAUCAGGUAGGGUUUCCAAAUCGACGUGAAAUCAAAAAAAAAAAAAUUAAAAAAAAUGGAGGGAGUUUGGGAAAAUUUCAUGAGAAACAAUCAGGAUACGUUCAAAUCCCUUUUCCAGCGCAAGAAAAGUUUAUCCAAUGAUGAAGAUUCCCAAGUAAUCUCUCCGAGGCCCAUCCCUCAGCUCUCUGCUCUCGCCAAUUCCGUCGUCUUUCGCUGUUCCAAGAUUCUUAAAGUUCCUACUGAAGAAUUACAACAUCGUUUCGAUAUAGAGCUUCCAGAAAGUGUUAAACAGCUUUUCACAUAUGCUAGGAACUUUUUAGAGUUUUGCUCCUACCAAGCAUUGUAUAAAGUGAGUAGGAGUCCAGAUUAUUUGAGUGACCCGGAUUUCCGUCGAUUAACCUACGAGAUGAUGCUUGCAUGGGAGGCCCCCUGUGUCGAGUGUGAACGUGGAACCAAAGAAACUUCAUCCAACAAUGAGGAGGUCGAGGAUGACGAAGAUGGGUCACUGUUUUAUUCAAGUUCCAUCAGUAUGGCUGUUCAGGUUGAUGACAAGAAAACUGUUGGGCGAGAGGCUUUUGAACGAAUAGCUCCUGUGUGUGCUGUUGUUGCAGAUAUAAUAACAGUUCACAAUCUUUUUGAUGCAUUGACAAGCUCUUCAGGCCCCCGACUUCACUUUAUUAUAUAUGACAAAUACCUCCGAAGCCUUGACAAGGUUAUUAAGGCUGCAAAAAACACAUUGGGACCCUCGCUUACCAAUCUUCCACUUUCUGAUGUGGAGAUAAUUAUAGAUAUUGAAGGUGCUGUUCCAACUCAACCCGUUCUGCAACAUGUUGGAAUCUCAGCAUGGCCAGGACGGCUCACUCUAACCAACUAUGCUCUGUACUUUGAGGCUUUGGGUGUUGGUGUAUAUGACAAAGCCGUGAGAUAUGAUCUGGCAACGGACCUGAAGCAGGUCAUAAAACCUGAAUUAACUGGGCCACUUGGUGCUCGUCUCUUUGAUAAAGCCGUUAUGUACAAAUCAACAACCGUUACGGAGCCUGUUUACUUUGAGUUUCCUGAAUUUAAAGGCAAUUUUCGUCGGAACUUUUGGUUGGAUAUAUCUCUGGAGAUCCUGUAUUCACACAGGUUUGCUAGAAAAAACAACUUCAAAGAGACUCUGCAGUCAGAAGUACUAGCAAGGGCUAUACUAGGUAUAUAUCGUUAUCGUGCUCUGAGAGAAGCAUUUCAGUUCUUCUCAUCCCAAUAUAAAACUUUACUUAGUUUUAACCUAGCUGAGAGCCUUCCUGGUGGUGAUGUGAUUUUGGAAACUCUUGCUAGUCGUUUGGCACUUUUAAAUGUUGAUAAUUCUCCUCACACUGUGAAACACCCACCAACUUCAUCUCCUUUUUCACUCCUGGCGCUCAGUCAACUUGGAUUCAUCCCACAGAAGAAUGCAAUUCUGGAUGGAGAAGCAUUAAUAGUUGGAGAUUUCUGUGUUGGGGAAACAAAUCCCUUAGAGACAGCAGUGAAGCAAUCUAUAUCUGACACAGGUAGGGCUGAAGCUGCACAGGCAACUGUGAACCAAGUGAAGGUAGAAGGGAUUGAAACAAAUUUAGCCGUAAUGAAGGAGCUGCUACUUCCUGUCAUUCAGUUAGCCACUCUUCUUGAGCUUCUGUCUUCAUGGAAAUCCCCUAUUAAGUCAACUGUCUUUCUGAUGUUGACCAGCUUUGCCAUUAUAAGGGGGUGGAUUGCAUAUAUAUUGGCACUUGUUUUUGUAUUCUUCGCAAUUGUCAUGCUCUGGAAUAGGUAUUUUAACAAAGGGAAGCCCUUAGAAGCCUUCAGAAUAAUAGCUCCACCAAAUCGAAAUGCAGUUGAGCAGCUGUUGACAUUACAAGAAGUCAUCUCCCAAUAUGAAGCACUAAUCCAAACUGCGAAUGUUAUUCUCCUCAAGAUUAGGGCUAUCUUAUUUGCAGUCUUACCACAGGCCACUGACAGGGUUGCUCUCUCACUGGUUUUCUUGGCUGUAGUGUUAGCUUUUGUGCCUUUGAGAUUCUUGAUAUUGUUUGUAUUCGUAGAAGCUUUUACGAGAGAACUGCCAUAUAGGAGAGACAGCAAUGACCGGUGGCUGCGAAGGCUUAGAGAAUGGUGGUUUAGGAUACCAGCAGCACCAGUUCAGCUUGUUAGAGCCGAUGAAAAGAAAAAGAAAUUAUGAAAAAUGAUGUGAACAACACUCAGAUUGCAAAAUCAUUCAGGUCUUUCUCUUCUAUAUAUAUCUAUAUAUUUCAUUUCUGCUUAUAA